AUGGAUCUGGAUAAACCAUCUGUCUGGGACUCAUUAAAACAGCGGACCAGGCCAUUGCUAAUCAAUUUGAGCAAGAAGAAGGUAAAGAAGAACGCAAACAAGCCCUUAGACUUAAGGGCAAGCCACCAUUUGGACCGCAGGCUCAGUCUCUCUGUUCCUGACCUCCUAGAGGCUGAGGACUUGGUUCCAGAGGGUCGACCCUACUCAGGUCCCCAGUCGUCCUACACCUCGGUUCCCAGCAGCCUGUCCACUGCAGGGAUCAUUCCCAAAAGUAGUAGCAGCUCUUUGAAACAGUCUGAAGAAGAACUGGACUGGAGCCAGGAAGAAGCAAGCCAUCUCCAUGCAGUGGAAACAGACUCAGAGGAGGUUUACUCCUCUCCUGCUGAGGACCAUCGGGCCUCCAGCCAGGGCAUCUUUGAGUUCCAGAAACCUCCUCUUAGAGUGGAUGCACAAGAAGAGCCUGAGAAGUUACAUGGCAAUGGUGAUCUGAAUGCGUCUUUGACAUCUCAACAUUUUGAUGAACAAUCUACUCUCGAGGAGGCUGGCGAUGGCCUCAGUAACCUCCCCAGCCCUUUUGCAUACCUCCUCACCAUACACCUGAAGGAAGGACGCAACCUGGUUGUACGAGAUCGAUGUGGCACAAGUGAUCCAUAUGUGAAAUUUAAGCUGAAUGGGAAGACGCUGUACAAAAGCAAGGUCAUAUAUAAGAACUUAAACCCAAUUUGGGAUGAGAUAGUUGUGUUGCCAAUACAAAGCCUUGAUCAAAAGCUGCGGGUGAAGGUGUAUGAUCGAGAUUUAACCACAUCUGAUUUCAUGGGUUCUGCAUUUAUCAUUCUCAGUGAUCUUGAACUUAACAGAACAACUGAGCAUAUUUUAAAAUUGGAAGAUCCAAACAGUUUAGAAGAUGACAUGGGAGUGAUUGUGUUGAAUUUGAACCUAGUAGUAAAACAGGGUGAUUUCAAGAGACACCGAUGGUCAAAUCGGAAGCGCCUGAGUGCCAGCAAGUCCUCUUUGAUACGCAGUCUGCGGCUCUCAGAGUCCUUGAGAAAGAACCAACUCUGGAAUGGAAUUAUAAGUAUAACUUUGUUGGAAGGGAAGAACGUCUCAGGAGGAAACAUGACCGAAAUGUUUGUCCAGUUAAAACUGGGAGAUCAGAGGUAUAAAAGCAAGACACUGUGUAAGAGUGCAAAUCCGCAGUGGCAGGAACAGUUUGACUUUCACUACUUCUCUGACAGGAUGGGCAUUUUGGACAUUGAAGUGUGGGGAAGAGACAGCAAAAAGCACGAAGAGCGACUGGGCACGUGUAAAGUGGAUAUCGCAGCACUCCCGCUGAAGCAAGCCAACUGCUUGGAGCUGCCGCUGGAGAGCUGCCUGGGGGCUCUCCUUAUGUUGAUCACACUUACACCCUGUGCGGGAGUUUCCAUCUCAGAUCUGUGUGUCUGCCCCUUUGAGGACCCCAGCGAAAGAAAGCAGAUUUCCCAACGAUAUUCCUUACAGAACUCUCUGAAAGAUAUAAAGGAUGUUGGCAUUUUACAAGUGAAGGUUUUGAAGGCAGUAGAUCUCCUAGCUGCAGAUUUCUCAGGGAAGAGUGAUCCUUUUUGCUUGUUGGAGGUAGGCAAUGACCGGCUUCAGACACAUACCAUUUACAAAAACCUCAACCCGGAGUGGAACAAAGUAUUUACAUUUCCCAUUAAAGACAUCCAUGAUGUUUUGGAAGUGACAGUGUUUGAUGAAGAUGGAGAUAAACCCCCUGAUUUUCUUGGAAAAGUUGCCAUUCCCUUGCUGUCUAUUAAAGACGGGCAACCAAAUUGUUAUGUACUGAAGAAUAAAGACUUAGAACAAGCUUUUAAAGGAGUUAUUUACUUAGAGAUGGACCUCAUAUAUAAUCCGGUCAAGGCAAGUAUUAGGACCUUUACUCCCAGAGAAAAGCGCUUUGUUGAAGAUAGCCGGAAGCUGUCCAAAAAGAUCUUAUCAAGAGAUGUGGACCGUGUGAAAAGACUCACUAUGGCAGUAUGGAAUACAAUUCAGUUCCUUAAGAGCUGCUUCCAGUGGGAGUCCACGUUAAGAAGUACCAUAGCAUUUGUGGUAUUUUUGGUCACAGUCUGGAAUUUUGAACUGUACAUGAUCCCCCUGGCAUUAUUGUUGCUCUUUGUCUACAAUUUCAUCAGACCCAUGAAAGGCAAAAUGAGCAGCAUGCACGACAGCCAGGAGAGCACGGACGUGGAGGAGGAGGAAGAGGAGGAAGAGAGGGAAUCUGAGAGAAAGGGGUUAAUUGAGAGAAUCUACAUGGUACAAGAUAUCGUUUCCACUGUUCAAAACAUCUUGGAGGAAAUAGCUUCUUUUGGAGAAAGAAUUAAAAACACGUUUAACUGGACGGUCCCGUUCCUUUCAUUCCUGGCCUGUUUGAUUCUGGCCGUAGCCACCAUCACUUUGUACUUCAUUCCACUGCGCUACAUCAUUUUAAUCUGGGGCAUAAAUAAAUUUACCAAGAAGCUCCGAAAUCCCUUUGCCAUCGACAAUAAUGAGCUACUAGACUUCCUCUCCAGGGUUCCUUCCGACGUUCAAAAGGUGCAGUAUGCGGAAUUGAAACUCUGUGGUAGUGGCAGCCCCCUUCGGAAGAAGCGCAGCGCUCUAUAA